AUGAAGACACUGUGGCUGAGGGUCUCCACAAGCUGGGGCGCUCAGCCUCUGGUAUCGAAUACGUUUAUCUUAAUCUGUCGCUUUCAACACAUCCAGCUGGAGGGACCCUGGGGCACCUCUUCAAUGUCUCCUGCUACUGUGUAUCUCUUGGGAGAGCGGGAUCUUUCUUGUAUCAGUCACAUGCCUCACUUACUAGAACUGAAUGCUUCCAACAAUGAAUUGACUACAUAUUUUGGUUUUAAACCACCUAAAAAUCUCAAGGAAGUAGAUUUUUCAUACAAUCAAAUACCUAAAAUGCAAGAUUUGUCAGCAUACCAGUCACUUACUAAACUCUUGCUGGAUUUUAAUAACAUAAAGGAGAUAAGAGGACUAGAGAAGUGUCACAGUCUGACUCAUCUUAGUUUGUCACACAACAGACUCAUUGCAAUCAGUGGCCUUGAGAAUUUACCUAUCAGAAUACUCAAUCUGAGCUCUAACCAGAUUGAAAAGAUAACUGGGUUGGACAGCUUGAAAACUCUACAGAAGCUGGACCUAUCUAGCAAUAAAAUAACUAGUCUAGAAGGCUUGGAGGAACAUGAUCUACUAGAGAUGAUCAACCUAGAGGAUAACCAGAUUGCUGAGCUGCGUGAACUUGAAUGUAUUGAAGAUCUGCCUCUCCUCAGAGUUUUAAAUCUUUUGAAAAAUCCUGUACAGGAGCAAACAGAUUAUUGGCACUCAGUGAUUUUCACGUUGCUCCAGCUAACAGAACUGGAUCUCAAGAAGAUUUCAGUGGAAGAAAAGGUUGCUGCUGUGAAUAAAUACGAUCCUCCUCCAGAAGUUGUUGCUGCUAAAGAUCAUAUGACUCAUGUUAUGUAUAGCGUGCUGCAGCCCCAGAGAAUCUUUGACAGCACUUUACCUAGUCUUGAUGCUCCCUACCCCAUGCUGGUAUUAGUUGGCCCUCUAGCCUGUGGUAAGAGAGAGCUUACUCAUAAGAUCUGCAGACAGUUCAACAAUUUCUUCAGAUACAGUCCCUGUCACACUACCAGGGCAGCUUACUUUGGUGAAGAAAACAGACUUGAUUACUAUUUCAUUUCUCAAGAAGCAUUUGACAAAAUGGUGAACACAGGGAAGUUUAUAGCAACCUUUAAAUACAGUGGCUAUUACUACGGACUUGGAAGAGACACUGUAGAAUCAAUUGCCAGAGAGGGUCUUGCAACCUGUGUUCACUUAGAAAUAGAGGGUGUGCGUAGCUUGAAAAAUACGUACUUUAAACCCAGAUAUAUCCUGUUAGUACCAAUGAACAAAGAAAAAUAUGAAGGACAUCUGCGGAGGAAAGGAUUAUUCAGCAGGCCAGAGAUUGAAGAGGCAGUCUCCAGAGUGGACAUGUACAUCAAAAUAAGUCAGGAUUUUCCAGGGUACUUUGAUGCAGUAGUCAACACAGAUGAAUUGGAUGAGGCAUUCACAGAGCUGAGUUUCCUCGUAAAGUCAUACCUGGGUUUGGAGCCACCUGCAGUUUUUGAUAGCACUCAGGACUUGAAUAGCAGAGCAGGAGCAGGUUCAAGAAUACGGCUCUUACAAGAGCAAAGAUUGUCACCAGGUGGAGUAAUUACUGGAACUUCUCGGUCUUCAUCUGUCAAUGAGUUCCUGGACUCUUCUGCCAAAAACUAUCCAGGAGGCAUCUCGGACAAACUUGCCGCACAACUGGGCUCUGUGGAAGAAGCGUCUCUCCAAAGGCGUUGUUCUGCAGCACGUCAGGCUCUGUCAGGGAAGGCGCCUAGUGCAUAUGUCCAGCUGUUUCAAAGGGACCUGGCAGUCACUCCUGCACCAAGCAGCUCCCGUCAACAAUUACUGGAACCAACAAUACAUGCUCCUCUGCUCUCAGAUGGAAGGAAUGUCACCCAAGACCAGAGCUUCCCCCUGACAAACCCAGAGAGCCGCUGCAGAGAAUCUGGUCCUGCUAGCAGACUAUUUCUAAACUCACCUGGUGCACCUGCUGGUGAAGGUCUGUUGGUUCGGACCCCUGUUCCCCAUGCUCGUCUCACUGAAGAAGCCAAAGGUGAACAUGAAGAUCCAAGAGGAACUAAAAAUGGAGUGGACAGACUGAAAGAGACUGAACUCCCUAGUGACAAUCUUCAGAGCAAAACCAGCAAGUCCAAGACUGGUUCUUCUCAUGUGCCUCAGCUCAUCAACUGGCCAGGCUCCCACUCCAAACCUGUCCUACCUCCAAUCCCGUCUGGGCGGAAGAGGACCAAUCCUUGA